AUGGGUAAUAUGCCCUUUCGGCAUCGUAUACAAGGACAUGGUCACCUCCGCCUGCAUGUGGAUUGCAACACCGAAGAGUCGAUACUCAUCUACACCUACUUCCGAGACACUCUGCUCGCUCUGCUCAAAAAGGAUCCGGAGUUCCCACCGGAUGAGCGCGUAAAGAUUAUGCGCGCGGUCAGCGAAGCCGUUCAGGAACUUCACUCAAAUGAUUGGGUGCAUGCCGACAUCAAGCCCGAUAACAUCUUGGUCGAUUGGACAUGCGACAAUGCGGGCAAUAAGGUAGUCACCGGUGUGGCACUGGGUGAUUUCGACAUUGCCUGCAAACUCAAGCAAGGUGAGACUCGCAUCACGCCCCAUGCGGUUGGCAACGUGAUGUGGCGAAGUCCCGAGGCGCAGACGGGGAUGUGUUCGCGGGCAUCGGACAUCUAUGCAUUGGGUUUGGUGUACGUAUAUGCCUUGGGCGCCGGAGAUCUGCUCAUACUAUCCGAUUUGGACAGCCUAGCGAAAGCCGGCAUCCCCGCAGAGCAAGAAGUGGUCACGAGACAUUUCUGCUACUUCGGCCCCGUCCCGGAGAGCCUCUACGCGCAGAUCAAGGACGACGACUGGAGGGCAGCGUUCCGAUCCGCGGCGCGACUGGCCGACACGCAAGCGAGCGAACAGCCCUUUUCGCGAUUAGAUUUUUGGGGCAAAACACUUGGCGAAGCGGCCUUGGAGAUGCUCUCUGGGACGUCAAAUCUAGAUCCAAGAGCCCGGCUGACAAUCGAUCAAGUGCUCGCACUCGCUUAUUGGACCGAGGAUUAG